CAAUUCCUGCUGAAGUUCCACUGUGAGUUGAACCCGAUUGAGAUGUAUUGGGGUUAUGCAAAAUACCGAUAUCGUGAAAUAUGGAAAACUACUUUUGCCAAUGCAAAAACAGCAGUGAUACAGUGUUUGGAUGCAUGUCCAGAUGAAACAAUUCAAAAAUGUUGGAGGAACCCUUGGCACUUCAUGGAUGCCUACCGGAAGGGCCUUACUGGGAAGCUUGCAGCCUGGGCUGUGAAGAAACAAAAGAGUCAUCGUGCUAUAUGUGAGGAUGCUAUGUGUCACGACCUGGCAAUUCCCACGGUCAUGUGA